AUGGCGGCGGAAGUCCUGACGAAGUUCUCACCGGACGACGGCGCUUGUGAGAUCACCUUGAAUCGCCCGGACAAGUUGAAUGCGCUUAACCUUAACAUGAUUCGCCGGCUCCACGAAGCUGUGGACAAAGUCGAUGCGAAGCUUGGCAAGGUUGGAUGCCUCAUCAUGGAUGGAGCCGGUGGCAAAGCUUUCUGUGCCGGAGGGGAUGUACAGAUGAUCCGGGAGGAGGGUCUGGCUGGUGGCUCGCUCCCUGCUGACUUCUUUUUCGAGGAGUACGGGAUCGUUUUCAGACUGGCGACUCUCUUUGAACGGACAGGCUGUGUCCAGAUGAGCCUCUUCGAUGGCAUCACGAUGGGUGGUGGUGUGGGGCUAUCCACACAUGGCCCUUUUCGCAUCGUCACGGAGAAGACGCGAUUCGCCAUGCCCGAGAUGGCCAUCGGCCUUUUCCCGGAUGUUGGUGCGACUCAGAUCUUGAGCCGCCUCAAAGCGGGGCCUGCUGUUGGCCUUUUUCUGGGCAUCACUGGCACCAACAUCUCCGCCUGGGACUGCCUGGAAGCCGGAGUUGCAACACACUACGUUCCGUCGGCUCGCCUGCCCGAGCUCCGAAACAAACUUCUCUCCAGGUUCCGAGCUGGCCUUGUGGGAGCGGCUGCAAUGAAACUCUGUGAGGAGAUCAUCGCGGAAACAAGCGGUGGUUCAUCAGCACAAUCCGAGAGUCCAGUACUUUCCGCCGAGAAUCUUUCUGUGAUCAACAGGUGCUUUAACGCACCCACGGUUGAGGAGAUCGUCGUGCGCCUUCGUGCUGAGACUUGUGACUUCGCAGCUGAAACACUGCAGAAGAUGUUCCGGUCCUGCUCUCCCACCUCCUGCAAGGUAACGCUGCAGGCGAUGCAGGACCUGCGGCGGACCCCGAGGAGCAUCGGCGAGGUGCUCCAGACCGAAUAUCGCCUGUCGCAGAGGUUUACAACGCGCCCACAGCCGUUGUCCGACUUCUUCGAAGGCAUCCGGGCCGUUUUAGUCGACAAGGAUCGAAAGCAGAAGUGGAACCCGUCCUGGGAUUCACUGGGCGAGAUUACCGAGGAGAAGGUCUCCGAAUUCUUCUCUCCGCUCGAUGCUGGCCAUUCCAGAGGCGAGCUGCACUUGGAGGAUAUGUUUGCCUUCAGUGAAUCCAGGCGAUCUGCUUUUCCUGAGGUGCACCUAAAGUCCAAGUUGUAG